UAUUUGCUUUUAAAGCUUCUCAGGAGAGUGUGAGAGCAAUCCUUAGCUUGUCCAUGCAAGGACAGGAAAGCAGCAAGAGCAGAAUAUUUUUCAAGUGGGCAGUGCAGGCAUAUUCCUUUGCUGUCGACUACAACUCUUCUUCUUCUCUGACCCAGAUCACAGUCAAGGUUUUCUUUUAAGAUAAGUCACCUGAAGUGCCAUGUCUUCUUCUGAGCCCCCCCAAGGCUGUGGCAACAUAUCCUCUGACUACUAUUUCCUCUGUAACACCAGUGUUUAUUGGGGGAUUAUUUUGGAAGCUCUGGCAGUAGCUGGUGUGUUUGUCACAAUCAUCCUCAUUCUGGUGCUUUUUUCCCUUAUCUGUAAAACCCAAGACAAUGCAAAACGUAGCCUGAUCCCAAUCCAGUUCCUCUUCCUGUUAGGCACUCUAGGAAUUUUUGGACUCACAUUUGCUUUUAUCAUCAGGCUCAAUGAGCAAACUGGCCCCACACGUUUCUUCCUUUUUGGGGUCCUCUUUGCCCUCUGCUUUUCCUGCCUUCUGGCUCAUGCCUUGGACCUCACCAGGUUGGUGAGAGGAAGACAGCCAUUUACAGGACUAGGGUUGCUGAUUAUGGUCCUUGGUUUGACUGUUGUACAAGUGAUUAUAGCCGUACAAUAUGUAGUAGUCAAUAUCAAAACCUUGAAGGCUCUACACGAUGACAUGGGUGAUGACGGACGAAGAGACUUUAUUUUAAUACUCAUCUAUGUACUUUUCCUGAUAUUUCUCCUCUUCAUAGUUUCCAUGUUUGUGUUUUGUGGCUCAUACAAGAGAUGGAAGAGGCAUGGUAUCCACUUAUUCUUCACAGCCCUUUUCUCUAUAGGCAUUUGGGUGGCAUGGAUUGCUAUCCUGAUGCAUGGUAUCAGUGAUUUAGGUAAACCAUCAGAAUGGAAUGAUCCUCUCCUUGCAGUUGCUCUGAUAACAAAUGGCUGGGUUUUCCUGAUUCUGUAUACAAUACCUGAACUCUGUGUCCUCACUGCUCCACGGAAGCCUGGAGAUUACCCUCUGGAGACUAAUACUUGCCAGCCAAAGGGCCUGAAAAAAACUUAUGGAAUAGAAAAUCAAGGUUAUGCUCAGGAAGACAAUAGACAAGAAGAAAAUUCUGACUCAUAUGUCCCUUAUUCAACUCAUUUUCAACUGAAGGACCUUGAGCCUCAACAUGAGUUCUCCAUUCCCCGCCCUAAACCACGGCCCAGUCCAUACGAAGAGUAUUCUGGAGGGAAAGGUAUCAAGCAAUAGCCUCUCAACGAAGAAGGAGAAGCAACGUUGAGUUGACUGAGGUGUUGGUAUAGCGGUGCUUCAGUUUUGCAAAAUCAGGGACACUGCUCACAUUGCCAUGGAUGAAGGAAGAUUGUUUUCGUUUUCUUCUGUAGGUCUUCUGGCUCAGCACAUGUAGCACUUUAUACCUCUGAAUUCAGUAAUGAACCUCUCCCCCCCCCCCGUGCCUUUACACAACUAUAACUACCCUCCAUCAAAUCUUUAUUAACUGGGCCUAAACCCCUGAUCCAUAUGUGAGGAUGGGAGACUUGAAAUGGGAUUCUUCCUCUGUGUUUACUGGUUCCCUGUGUAAUUUUGAUUCUCUCUUCGCCUGAGUUCCAAAUUGUUCUCUGUGUACGGGGAGCUUAGACCCUGUUUUAGAUUUCUCACCAUGAUGGAUUGGGGGGGCAGCAAAGUUGGAAUGGAAGGACCAUUCUUCCCAUCAAUCAGAACACAGCUGGAGGGGACCUUGGAGAUCUUCUAGUCCAACCCCCUGUUCAAGCAGGAGACAUUAUAUAAUGAUCACAUAUGGGCUGGUUACCUUGUGAAAAUGAUGAUGUCUCUAAGAUCUAUCAAUAUUUUUUUCUCUAUCUGUCUGAGCUCACUUUUCCUCAGCAAAGAGAUUUAUCCCAAUCAUAGGGGCUGCUGAACAUAAACACCGAGAGCUUUCUGACCAUUACUAGUCUCUGAAUUAACUGUAUUUGCUUAUUUAUUUUUCUAUCUAAAGCACUGAAAUUAGGAUGAUCAUCAUGAUGUUUAAAAUGCAAUUUCAUGACCAUCUAUUUUCACAAAGGGGGUCUGGUGAAGCAGUCAUAAGAGGGGAGUAGCUUUCGAUUUAAGUCUGAUUUACCAUUUUCCACAGUGUAUAAUAAUAGAAACUAUUCAUUUGCACCAUCAUUCUUAGCCUAUACUACCUGGGAUGAAGGGAGAUGACACAUCUGGGAAAUACUAGACUGGGGAAGUUUGCAACAAUGAUGUAGGUGAGCCUAGAUAGCAAGAACUUCUGAAAUGGUUGCAAUGGAAGCAAUUGACCCUGCGGUAUGUGAUUCUUGAGAAUAAGCCUUAUUAUAUAUAACCUUUGCCAAUAUCUGUUAAAAUGUGUAGCAGAUACUCUAAGAAGAACAGCAAAUGAUACGCGCCUUAAAAGUGGUUUAUUUUAGAGAGAAAUAGAAGGAAAAAUCCUUAGCUCAAGUCAGUGACACCAAAUCUCUUAUGUUGCUUGACUUUUAUAGGAGACAGGUGUUUACAUUUCCCCACUGAAAUCAAUGGGAAAACACAAGUAUAUGGUAUUCUGUAUUUUGUGGGAAAGCAGUCCAGGAUGGUUGCUUAUACGCUUUCGUCUGCCUUAUGUAAUAUUUAUUUAUAUAGUUCUUAUGUUACCUUGAAUAUACACAUGUAAUAAAUAUAUAAAUAUAUAUUAUAUGUGUUUGUACCUCCUCCUUUUGUAAUUCCUUUUCAUGUGGUAUAGUCUACCAAACAGAUGUGCUCUAUGCACCUAUGAUGUACAGAGAGUUCAUUAUAAGGCCAUUAGCAUAUUUUAGAACAUAUUAUUAAAGAUUAUCAUCCAUGGAGCAACUUUGCCUCACCUAAAUUUUACAGCUUGCCAAGAAAAAUAUCUGGGUGAUCUUGCUGAAAGCUUUGCUGAAUUUAAAAUAUUAUAUCCAUGGCCAUAGCAUUCCUCUAAUCCACUAGCUCAGUAUUUGUAAAAAGAAAUUGUAAAAAGAGAGAAAAAGAAGAAGGAUACAAAACUAGUUUGACAUGCUUUGCUUCUUCAGUGCCAUAGAAUCACUGGCCGAUGCACAUGCGUGCACCAGAAACUGGAAGAUCAUCUUCCCAGCACGUUCAUGCGCACCGGGAAGCUGCUCUUUAGGUUUCUGGCACACACGCUCGUGCUCCCAUUUUGGCUGAAAAGGUUCACCAACAUUGUCCUAUGAGAUAUGCAGUUUCUGGCUAUGGAAAAGUUGUCAGGCCUUAGUUUAAAAGGUGCAUUUCCUUUAAAGGCUGUAGGGAAAAAAAAAGGCAGAUCACUCUCAGGCAUUAAGUCCAAAGGUUUAUUUUAUCAAGUCGCUACCAGCUACAAAUAAAUAUCCUAUAAACUUGCUUAAGCUGCACUGAGAUUGCUUUUGAUUCAAUAAAAAUAAACUUGUAAAUGUGUGUACCCAAAGUGAUACCCUUUUGAACAUCAGAAGGCUUAUUUCUGAGUAAACGCAUUUAACCAGCUAAGCCAGAUGCCUGCAGUGAUAAUCUAUUGGCAAAUCAUGUUAUAAAAUACCCUUGUGAAUUGCUUUGAGAAUUGACAUAGCUAAUAAAACUGGUGAAAUAAAUAAAUAUUCAUGUUCA